GCAGUUUCACAGGGGCGGGCGCGCGCGCGUGCGUGGGAGACAUAAACAGGCAAGCUGAACCAGAUGCUUUUCAUAUAAUUCAUUACAUCAUCUAAUUGUUGGGUGGCUGCCAGUCGGCAUCCCUUUGGCUGCACCAAAACACACAACCAACAUGUCAUCAUCAGAAGAUGAAGUAAAAGAGAUUACUUUGAAAGGUCCUCUGGCAGAGCCUUUCAAACAUGGCUGGCGGCGGGAGGUGGUCCGACGCAGCACAUUCAACAGCGGAAAAAACCGCCACCGCUUCGACUGCUAUUACUACAUGCCAAACGGAAAGAAGCUGCGCUCCAAGCGGGAAGUGGAGGACGCUUUGGAGGCACUCGAUGAUGAAGACAUGGACAUCAGCAACUUUUCGUUCGCGCACCAGCUGGUUGGCGUGGGACCGCCGCACGAGAGCAUGCGUGAGGCAGGGGCUAAUACGACCCCCGUGCGUUCCGCCGCACUGCGCAACAAGCGGCUGAAAAUUGCCAUCAAUCAGCCGUCGGCCAAACCCCAGCCGUCGGCUAUACCGCGGACGUCGAUUAGGAUCCACAAGGUGUUCCGACGCCCCGUCAAUGACCAGACGCUGCGGGACCGGGCCACGGCCGAGGGCGCCAUCUCCAGGAUUCUGGAUCAGUCGGCGCUGCUGAGUGGCCGCGGUGACUCCCCCGACCGGCCGGCCGGCGCGGACCGCAGGCGGCCAAAGGUGGUCGCCAAGCCGCCGCCGCCGCCCAAGCCGCGCCCAGUGGUGGUGGUACGGCCUCUGAACGGAGCCACGCAGGUCCAAGAAGAGCACCCGCGGCCAAAGUUUUGCAUCAAGGCUCUGGAAGGGACUCUUCAGUCCCGCUAUUCCGUCAAACGGCCUGCACCUCCUCAGCCCAGCGAGCCGCCCAAACGGAAACUCAAGCUGAUGGUGAAGGGCGAGCCAGCCCAGCCGGUCCGCCGCCUCACCUACGCGGAGGCGCUGCAUGCUCUGGUGGGCACCAUCCCCGGGCCGGGCUCAGUGGGCACGGAGCCGCGACUGGCUCUCAGUCGCCUGGUCGACACCCGUCCCUGGCGACUGGCCGUGGUGGCGGCCGACGGCCGAGAGGCGCAGACGGUGGACGAGCCGCUCCGAGCCGACCCGUGGCGCGGGGUGUACGUGGACCAGGUGCGGGCCCAGACCCCGGCCAGACUGCCGCCGCCGUACACACUGCGCAUUGGCCGUCUGCGCCAGUACGCCACCUGCAGCCUGUUCUGCUCGCGGCCCGGCCACCCGCCGCCGCCCGUGCUGCCCGAUCUGCGCUGCGUCGGCUGCUUCUGUCUGUCUCACGCGGCGUGCGUGGGCCUGCCGCCGCCGGCCGACCCGGCUCACACCGACUUCCUCUGCAUGGACUGUUUCGACCGUCUGCGGCGACUGUCCGAUGAGCCGACACCGGCCAGUGCGACCUCCUUCGGCGCCCGUCUCCCCUCCGACCCCCAUGGCCCGCCCCCCGGCCCCCCGGUCCGGUUCUCCGUGCGCCCCUCGCGCCUGCCCUCCGCGCCCGUCCCGGACCCUGACGUGGAGGAGAUUGUGGUCGUAGCCAGUGAGGAGGAGAGUGACGUCCUCCUGGCCGCCGCCGCCGCCGAGGAGGAGGUGCAGGAAGUGUCUGACGACGAUGUGCUGAGCUGCAGCAGCGAUGACUCGCCGGAACUGGACCCGUCCUCCCCGAUGUCCUGGUCCGACGGGCAGGAAGAGGUGCUGCUGGAAGAUUCUGAUGACGCGUCCGUCAAGUCGAGCUCUCCGUCUCCGGUGCUGCAGUCGUCGCCUCCGGCUCUCACCCGAGGUCCCCCGCGCCUCACCGCGCGGACGGCGCGGCCGCCGCCUCUGACCGGUCCGCCGCCGCCUCUGCAGCGGGCGCCGGCCGGCACCAAGGACAUUCAGAAGGUGGUGGUGGUCAACCGGGCGCCCCAGACCACUGGCGGCCAGCCUGGCCGGGCCCGCCAGCCCAGCGGUCACGGCUGUAAGGUGCGCGUGACGGGCGGAGCACCCGCGGCCGGCGGCGCCGCCGCUCCGGUCGCCGCUAAGGUGAUGUACUGCCGUCCUGAGGGCGACGCGGACUCCUCGGCGCCCCAGCGGGCUGUGCUCACCGUCACCAGCCCCACCGGCGCGCCCGGGCAGCGCACCUUCACCCUCAAACUGAACAGCUCGCCCGGGGACGGCAGUCAGGUGACCGCGGCCUCCCCGACCGCCGGCUCCGGGCCGGCACAGAGGUGGGUCCUGACAGCCGGAGACAAGUCAGUCCCGGCGGGAGGCAAACCGGCCCCAAACGUGGUCAAAAUGACUGUGCAGUGCCAGCCAGCGAAAAAUGGAACAGUAAUGGUGGGCCGUGCUGUGAAAUCUCCGCCAGCCGUGAGCACAAACGGACCCUCAGCCGCCGCGGGCCUCAGUGCGACCUCCCCAGACUCCCAACCGAGCUGUGCGCCGGAGGGGAAGCAGGCGCCUCCCGCGGCCUCCCCCGCCGGUGGGAGGCGCACGGCGCGGAAAUCGAUGAGCGCAGCUCGGCCUCAGACGAGCGCCUCCCGUGCUCAGACGAGAAAACCGAGCUGGCGACCGUCGGACGAGUGACCUCCUCCCGGUGCCUGAGGGGAGGGGAGGGGUGCCAGUGCUGCCUGUGAUGUGUCUGUCGUGGUGGAUCGUCCGUGACGGCUCAGCGCGCUAUUAUGUGGGCUUUGUGCAUUCGCUAUGUUUGGAAUAUCAUCCUGUGGUCUGUGUAUUGGUGUUGUAUUGUAGUGCAGUGUUUUGGAGGCUAUGGACAGGGAGAGUGUCGAUAUUUAUGUUUAAAUCGAAGCCACACUCACCUUUCUCAACUUAGAGAACUGACCGGUCGUAGCACCCCGUUCAUGGCGUUGAAGUACAAUUCGCACGUGCAGUCUCUUGCUCCACGUGUCUUCAUUGAGAUAUUGGCUACUUUUCGGGCUGGGUCGUGCAGCUUCCACGUUCAAGUGAGCAUCGGAUGUUCAUCGGCAAUUGUUGAGGUGACUUCAAUUUCUUGAAAACCCGGUGCCAUUGAUGGCAAAUGACUAUGUACACUGCAAGCCAUUUUAGCGCUCCAGUGGGUGAAAUAAUUGAUCUCCAUUGCCAAUUAGAAUCAAACUCUGGAUGAGGUUGGUGAUAAAUGUUGUUUUUUAGCAAACAUUUUCUGUAUUAAAGUCACCGGUUUCGAAUAUAUCACGAAAAGUA